AUGUCAUUCGUUACUGUCGUGAGAACUGCAUUUUAUGUUAUAUUACGUUUUCUGACUAAUAUAGUAUUUAAAGUCUUUUAUCGUGAUUAUGGUGUAUUUCAUUCAGAAAAUUUUCCUCCCAACGAUGGUACCCCAAUAUUAUUUAUCGUUGCUCCUCAUGGAAAUUUUUUAAUGGAUGCGAUCACAAUUUUUAUAAAGUGUCCAAGAUAUGUGUACUUUCUGAGCGCACGAUCCAACUUUGAUUAUCCUAUUUUUGGCACACUUAUGACCCUGAUUGGGUGCAUUCCAGUUACGCGGCCAUUUGAUGUUAAAAGAGUUGAUGGCGAUGGCUUAGUAAGGGUUAUUGAAGAAGGAAAAGUAGUAACAGGUGAUGGUCUUGGUAAUGUACUUAAAGUUGGUGAUACAUUAUAUGUAGAAUUUGAAGAACCUGAUAAUGAAAUGUUGAAAGAAGCAAAUGGUAUUGUUGGAGAAAUCAUCAAUAAUGAUAAAGUACGCAUAAAAGAGCCAGGGAUGAAGUGGACCACUAAAGGAAAACGUAAAGGACAAUUAAAACGCUUAGUAGAGUAUGGUAGUUUUGUUAUUCGAGUUGAUCGUGAGAGUACUAUAACUAAUUUGGAAAGAUUUUUACCAAAAAAUGUGACAAAGACUAUUGAUAGAUUGUCUUCUUCUCCUGGAGUAUUGACUUCUCCAAUUUCUGAUGAUCAACCUCAUGAUAUUACCGUUCAUUCAUCAAAUCCAAAUCAGGAAGUAACUGAGCAUACUCCUUUAAUUCCUGAAAGUUCUUCAAAUAGUCGAAGGAGUUCUAACAUUUAUGUAGUUCCGGACAUUCCAACAACUUAUUCUUAUACUCGUAUGCCCUCUCAUUCUGAAGUUUACUCUGCUGUGCAUAGUCAUUUUGCUAAAUCCAAUUGUAUAGCUAUAUUUCCUGAGGGUACAUCGCAUGAUAAUGAGCAUAUGUUAUCAUUAAAAUAUGGUUGUGCAGUUAUGAGCUUGGGUUAUCUGGCAUCUAAUGAACCUGAUGCCUCAGGAAAUCCGAGAAGGUUAAAACUCGUACCUUGUGGAUUGAACUUUUUUGAUCGUCAUUCGUUUCGAAGUCGUGUAUUUGUUGACAUUGGUCCUACAAUAGAAAUUGAUAAUGAAUUGAUAGAAAUGUAUCGUGCCGGAGAUGAAUCCAAGCCUUCCCAACAACUUUUGAAGACCAUUCAUACAUCUUUGACAGAAAUAACGAUCAAUGCACCGGAUUUUGAAACUCUUUUAUUCUUUAAAACAGCAUCAAAAUUGUAUCGGGAAAAAUUAUUACCACAAAAGUUGAGCUUUUCAGAUAAAAUGAAAUAUUCUUCGGCUCCUUUGACAGAAGAGUUUAAACAAUUAAAAUGGGAUACUAUUUCAUAUGCUCAUGCGCUUCGCAGGCAUCAACUAUCACUACCUCAUUUGUCUGUUAAGCCAAUAUCAUUAAUCCUAUACCUUCCACUUUACUUGUUCUUAAUUGUUUUAACAAUUCCUGGGUUGAUUUUCUUUUGUCCAAUUGGACUCAUCGCUCAAUACGUUGGAAAAAAGCAGGGUGAAAAUACCAUGUUAUAUGAUGAAAAUUCAUUAGCUAUUACGCGAUGGCCUGCGGUCGCGUAUGGAACCAUGUUGCUAUGGGAAGGAAUGCGUUGGGUAGGAAAACGAACAUGGGUUUGUAUGUGGAGUCUUGCAAAACCAGCUAAAAGAAUGUCUUAUAUUUCAAAAAAAGAAGAAUUGUCAACUAGAAUUUGGAAAUGGUAG